UCGGUCCUGCUGGGCCCUGUUCCGAAGCCCCGCCUUCGUCUCGGUCUUUCUGGAAACCCAGCUUUGCUCUUGGCGGUGCCAAGCGGGUAUUUUCCGGCCGUUGCGGGUGCCCUUGGGACAGUCCGCUGCACUGAAGCGGCGAGACCUUUGCUCUGUGAAGGUUCGGAAGCUCCCGCAGAGAACAGGGAAGCCGGUUCCCGGAGUUGCGGCCCCGGCUCUGACCUUCCUUUUUUCCCUUCCCGAUUGCAGCGUCUCAGACGCUAGUGUGAGCGCCCCCAUGGCGGAUACGGCCCCCAACGGCCCCCAAGGGGCGGGCGCAGUGCAAUUCAUGAUGGCCAAUAAACUGGACACAGCAAUGUGGCUUUCUCGCUUAUUCACAGUUUACUGCUCUGCUUUGUUUGUUCUGCCUCUUCUUGGGUUGCAUGAAGCGGCAAGCUUUUACCAACGUGCUCUGCUGGCAAAUGCUCUCACUAGUGCUCUGAGGCUGCACCAAAGAUUACCACACUUCCAGUUAAGCAGAGCAUUCCUGGCCCAGGCUUUGUUAGAGGACAGCUGCCACUACCUGUUGUAUUCACUCAUCUUUGUCAAUUCCUACCCUGUUACAAUGAGUAUUUUCCCAGUCUUGUUAUUUUCUUUGCUUCAUGCUGCCACAUACACAAAAAAGAUCCUUGAUGCAAAGGGUUCAAAUAGUUUACCUCUGCUGAGAUCUCUCUUGGAUAAAUUAAGCACUAAUCAACAGAAUAUUCUGAAGUUCAUUGCUUGUAAUGAAAUAUUCUUGAUGCCUGCUACAGUUUUUAUGCUUUUCAGUGGUCAAGGAAGUUUGUUCCAGCCUUUUAUAUACUAUAGAUUCCUUACUCUUCGAUACUCCUCUCGAAGAAAUCCAUAUUGUCGGACCUUGUUUAAUGAACUGAGGAUUGUUGUUGAACAUCUUAUAAUGAAACCUGCUUGCCCGCUGUUUGUGAGAAGACUUUGUCUCCAGAGUAUUGCCUUUAUAAGCAGACUGGCACCAACAGUCGCAUAGAACUAAGGCCCCCACCAGGUGAAAGAAGGUUGGAACCAAGCCUGGGCCAGUUGGAACCAAAAGGAUGAUGAUUGAGAUUCAUGGAACAUUACACCUGUUUUCUUA